AUGCUCCGCGUCCAGAGUGUCGUGCCUCAGGCAGUUGUGAGUGAGAGGCACACGACCGAGAAGAAUCCACCCCAAGCCUCAAGAUACUACCUCACUGAUGACGAACUCAUUGUCCAAGCACUCGUACUACCCGAGCUGCGACUGAAUGUUGAGAAAGGCGACAUUCUCGAAGUUCGCCAAUUUGAGGUGAAGAAGGCACCCCGGAGGAAGCUCCCUGGUCAGAUCCUCUUCCUGGGAAUCUACGAUUGCGAGAUAGUCGAGCGUGCAAGCGCACCCUCCACAUCAACCGAAGAAGGUGGCUUCAUUCGCGAGCCCCAGGAACCUCUGCCGACCUCCUUGCGCCCUGUCCACAAACGCCAGCGUUCUGAGGCAAUCCAUGACUCGGCGUCUUUGGUUCCACCCCUAUUCAAGCAACCGCGACCUAGUGCUUCGCUGUCGAGUACCGAAAGUAGUGGAGACACCAACAUGGAGGAACCUUCAGGCACACAAUCCUCCGGUGACUUCGAGACGAGGACUCCUAGCGUCGCCACUACGCAACAACGCCGCCAGACCCUUCAUGAGAUCGAUCACAGUGCCUCGCCGUACUCCAGCGAGAUGCCCUCAAAGAUGCCGAUGGCAGUAGAGCAAGAGCGUGCUCCGUCAUACCCGACUCCGGAGCUCACCAACCUAGCUGAUCUUCCAGGGCUACCGCCCUCAACUCCAGUGAGCCUACUCGUAGUUGUCACCUGGACAGGUCAGACCUUGCUACGCAACUCUCAAGCCUUCCCGCCCAAACGUCAUGUGAAGCUGCACGAUCUGUCCGUGUCGCAUCUCUUCUCUGGCGUCAGCCUGGCUGCCUACAUCGACGCACAGAAUUUCAAACCAGAACGUGGCACGGUUGCUUUACUACAAGACGUGGUGAUGCAGCAGUGUGGAACAGGGAGCGGUGAUGUCAACACUUCUCACAUGCUGAAUGCCUACGCGAACCUGCCAGCCAAGCUGGAAGAGAAAAGGCAGACUCUGGGAUGGUUUGUGGUGGAUAGAGACGUGUUGAGACAAAUGGGCCUAGGAGCAAAAGUUGAAGCAUUGAGGGCUUGGUGGGACCAGAGAGAGAUGAAAACAGGGGCGGCCAGUCAACUGAAGUAG